GAGCCCACGCAGCCCCGCGCCGCCAGGGAGGGAGCGGCAGCGGCAGCGGCAGCGGCCGCUGGCAGGGCAAGAGGGAGCGGGUGGGCACGUCGUCCCGGCACGGCCCGACCUUGCUCGGGAGUGCGCGGAGCUGCGGAGACCCUCGGCCGGGUGGGACAACGCCAUGGUCCCCGCCGACGUCCCGUCCGCCCUGGCGCUCAGGGCUGUGGGCCCCGCGGCCGCCACCCCGUACGGUGUCUUCUGCAAGGGGCUCUCCCGGACCCUGCUCGCCUUCUUCGAGCUGGCCUGGCAGCUGCGCAUGAACUUCCCGUACUUCUACAUCGCGGGCUCGGUGAUCCUCAACAUCCGCCUGCAGGUACACAUUUAGAGCCGCGCCUGCGUGGCCGGGCCUCCGGGGACCCGCAAGAUGGCCGCCUCCCAGGCCGCCCCGCGGCGCCGCCGAGGUGCGCGAGAAGAGCGUGCAGACUCGCGAGAGCGCGCUCACGCGCGCGAUCCGCCCCCGGCCUCCCCUUCCCGGGAUGUGGAGGUGGGGAAAGCGUGCUGAGUCUGUUAGGAGCAGAGAUGUUCCAGAAGCGGAGACACUGAGACCCAAGGAAGUACCUGAGGAGUACGCAGCCGUAAACCCCCGGGGGGAUCUUAGGAUCUGAGGAAGGGCACAGGCCGCGUCAUGAGAAAGGAAAACUAAGUUUCUCAAGAACACAGAUUUACAACACACUUGCGUUCUGAAUUGAUCUUUGGGAGUACUGGACUGUGAGCUAGUCAUUGAGUCAGAGGCCUGUUUCUUGUCAUGAAUGUCAUCUGAAAAGGAUGUAUCUCUUCCUCGCACAAGAUGAUACAUUGAAGCUGGGGAUCAAAGCCAGACUACAGGAAAGCUUGUUCCCAGUGCAAAUACAAUGGCAGGAUUUUGAACAAAUGGUGGCGGAGUGGGAGGAUAUCCCUGUCAGAGAGACAAUUGGAGCCAAAGAAAAGAAAGUUCAGUCAUGGCAGAAAAAUGGACUGUUCUCUCAUAGUAAUGCAAAUGGACCACAUAUGGCUUUUUCCUUUAAAGGGAAUACUGGAUUUUGGUUACAGAGUAAAAUGCAGAUGUUACAAACCUUGUGAAAAUACAGUUGACAAGUGGAAAGACAAGAAAAAUAAAUGGAAUGGCGGAGUCCUUGUGGAGUGGGACGGUACUAUUGAGAGUGACUGGGACGUUUUGUGGAUUAUGGACAACCAUAAAGUUUCUAACUGCUAAAUAGAGGGGGGUAACCACAUGAAGUAAACAGGAAAUGCCCAAAGAUGGAGUGUUCUAAAUGUCCAAAAAAGAGCAAAUACCUGGUGUAUGUGAAUGUAUGCUAGAGAUUUUUCCAGGUCUGGGGUGAGUUAGUACUUACAUUUUAUUUUAAAAUUAAAACUGAAGUCAUUAUAAACCCCAUGAGAAAUAAAAUAUAGUCAUAAAUUAUGCUGCCCUACCUCAUGUGACUGAUACUGUACCUGUAAUAUAAGCACUUGCUUAACAAGAAAUGAUUAUGUAACACUGGGGGGCUUGAAGAGGAAAAGGAUGUAAUAUAAUGAUGGAAAGUCCAUCAAGAACUAUUACAGAGGGCUGGAGAUUUGGUUCAGUUGGAGAGUAUUGCCUAGCAUGCACAAGGCUCUAUGUUUGAUCCCCCAACACUACAAAAAGAUCUAAUAUGUAAAAAGCAGCAUAAACUGCAAUUAGGAAAACCAAUGCAGAAACACGUAAGAGUUAAAAGAGUUAUUUCUGAAGUAAAGAAAUGAAAAUAGGUAGAGGAAAAGCAAGAGUUUCGUUCUUUCUUGUUAUUAAUCUAACACUAUUGUUGAUUCAUUUUUAACCAUGUAUAUGAUUUUCUUCAAUUAAAAUCUAAUUUAAAAUAUUUCAUUUUAAAAAUUUCCCCAGGUAAUGUCUCCCACAGGUUAAAUGACACAGAAAGCUCAUGGGAUUGAAAUUCUAAAUCAUACAGGACACUGUUAGUGCUUGAUAAUAUUAAUAUAUAUUAAUAUAGAAGUAUUCUGCCUACUCAAGCUUGGAAAUAAUUUUCAUUUCUACUUGUGAUUUUUCCUUACAUAUAAAUGUAUUCUUUCAAAACUCAUGUAAGAUGAAUAUAUACUGUUACAGGCUGGACGUGGAAGUGUAACUGUCUGAGUUAUUUCCUCACUAUGAGCACAUGUGAAGAUAGUGUGUGCUGUUUAAAAACCCCUCUGCUGGCUUUGUCAGCAGAUUGCUAGUUUCCAGGCUUUUCUAGGAAAAUCUCAUGGUGCUCAAAGAUAACUGAAAGGAUCCAGUGAGAGCCAGUCAUAAUAGAGCACAUCCGUUAUCCCAGUACUCAAGAGGUUGAGUUGAGACAUCAUGUGUUCAAGGACAGCCUGGGCCACAUGAUGAAAAAUCUGCCCCAAAAAAAGAAAAGCAGAAGAAUCCAGUGAUAAACAAAAUUUUAGAAGAAAAUUCAGUAUCUCCUCAUUACUCUAAUUCUAGAAAAGCCUGUGAACCUAAAGGCUUCACUUUUGUUAUUGUAUUUUGUUUUUUUUUUUCUUUUUUUUUACUUUUUCUUUGGUUUUGUUUUGUUUUGUUUAACAGGAUUGCUCAGGAAUUUGCUGUGUAGCCCAGGCUAACUGAGAACUCAUGAUCCUCUGACAUGUGCCAACAGGCUUUCACUCUUGCCAAGUGACAUUUUAAAUGUCACAGGAGUCCCGAGGCUGUAUGCCAAAGAUUUCUGUUGCUAAAAUUUUAAUCUAAAUGAGUGCUUGAAGGGAAAAUAGUCAAUGUUUAAUUGAUAAAGAAAUGUACCUGAUUUUUUAAAGUAUCAGAAAAAUCCAACUGUAAUAGGACAGAUAAGAGUGACCACAGAGAGAAAGAGCUGGAGACAGUUUAGUCAGUAAAGUACGUUCUGUAAAAGCUUGAAGACCUAAGUUUGAUCCCCAGAAGCUUCAUAAGUAAGCCAGGCUUGGUAGUAUGCUUGCAGUCACAGUGCCAAGGAGAGGCGGAAAUGGAUCCUUGGGGCUCUCUAGCCAGCCAGCCUAGCCUACUUGGCAAGUUCCAGGACAUGGGAAGUCACGGUCUUUAACAAUAAGGUGAACAGUGCCUGAAGAGUUAUACUCAGUGUUGAACCUUUAGCUGCCUCCUAGAUCUUCCUACUUGAUAUCCUCCUUUUAUUUAUUUUUUUUAAAUCCACUGAGUCCAAUUCAUGUUACCUAUAUAUUCCUGGAUGUUGGAUCAUUCAUCCACAUUCAUAAGAAAAGUGACAAUAGCUAUCUGCCUAUAGCUCUUCAGCUGGGGAGUGGGCCUUAGGAUUCCCUCUUUAUUCCAUGAUGGAAUCUUUGAACUGGCUCGAUCUUGUGCUAGUCUAAUGUAAUUAAUUGUAGCUCAUGUGUGCAAUAGCCAUGUUGUGGUGGUAUUGUGUUCCCCAAAAUAUUGUACACCCUAAUAAACUUAUCUGGGGUCAGAGACAGAACAGCCACUAGAUACAAAGGCUAGAAAAUGGUGGCACUCACACCUUUAAUCCUAGCUCUCCAGAGGUAGAAAUCACUCUGGAUCUCUGAGUUCAAGGCCACAUUGGAAACGGCCAGGCAUGGUGACACAUGCCUUUAAUCCCAGAAAGCAAGCCUUUAAUCCCAGGGAGUGGUGGUAGAAAGCACAAAGGUAUAUAAAGUGUGAGGACCAGAAACUAGAAGCAUUUGGCUGGUUAAGCUUUUAGGUUUUGAGCAGCACAGUUUAGCUGAGAGCCAUUUGGAUAUGAGGACACAGAGGCUUCCAGUCUGAGGAAACAAGAUCAGCUGAGAAGUUGGCCAGGUGAGGUUAGCUGUGGCUUGUUCUGUCUCUCUGAUCUUCCAGUGUUCACCCCAAUAACUGGCCUCAGGUUUGAUUUUUAUUAAUAAGACCUAAGAUUCCUGCUAUACCAUGUGAUACCUAAAAGUUUGUACUCUUCCUCAUCCUACCUUUUAUAUUCUUUCCUUCUCUUCCAUGAUGAUUUUUUUAAACCUCUCUGUCAAGUUGAGGUGGAGAAUAACAGUGAUAUUCUUCUUUUUACUCAUUUUGACCUUGUUAUCAUAAAAGCUAAUUAACUAUAAAAA